ACCGCAACCUUGACUCUGACAGCCAGUGUAUUCCGGGCCAUCUUCAAAGACUUCGCCCGCACUGCGCCUGGCUACUCUCUGCAAAUGUUUGCCUCAGAUAUUUGAAAUCUCUCCACGGGCUUCAACGGUCCGCGUCUCCAAGCCGUAGCCCCGGCGGCAGAGCGGAACUGCAGCUCCAAUCGCUCCGACUACGAGGGAGGCCACCAGCAUGGCGUCCAAGAGGAGCCUGUCGCCCAACGACACGCCCGAAUCCGACACCAAGCGCCCUAGGAUCACGGGCGCCGAUGGCAUCGAGACCCUGAGCCAAAGCGCCGUGCCCAGCGCCCAGCCAGACCAUCACGACGACGCCCUGGCCUCGCUGGCGCCCACGCAGCACUCCAACGCCCGAAGCGGAUUGCAGCGGUCAAUAGCCCUGGUCCUCCGGCACGAUGGCUUCGAGUCAGCUACCCAGGAAGCCAUGGAGAGCUUCACGGGCAUCGUCGAAACAUGUUGGCCCCUCCUCACCCCUGGCUCACUCCCUGCUUCGCCUGUGCGUGCACGGUUCUGACAGCUCUAGACAUGGAAUCCCUCAUCGAACAAGUCAAGCGCUUCGCCCUCGCCGCCCGACGCGAGCACCCCAUCCCUACCGACUUUGAGCUCAUGAUGGGCUACCACAACCUCACCACGCGCUCACUCCGACCCCACCUCAAGAACCCCCUGCCUCAAUCCGUGCUUGCCCCGACAUUUCACGCCCUCACGACCGCCGACAACGAGGCCCUUGCGACGUUGCCUCUUCUCAGCGACCAACUGAGCGGCCAGGCCGACAAGGACGCGAAGCAGUACAUCCCCUCCUCCUUUCCCGACUUUCCUAGCCGUCACACCUACCGCUUCACCCCCCAGGAGGACACGAGCGUUCGCGACUCCAAGAAAAUACGCGAGGAGGCCGCGCGUACCGCUGAGCAAGGCGAGGACGCGUUGCGCAGGCUUGUACGCGCGUCCAAGAUGCGCAAGCAAAAGGAGGUCAAGUCCCUGGUGGAGCGUGACACCGAAGGCAGAGAGCGUUUCCGGCUGUGGGAGGCAACCAUGAAGAGGUUCAUGGGCGCCGAGGCCGGUCUGCGCGGCGACGCCGCCGCCGCCGACCAGGUGGAGAUUGCCGACCAUAGCAUGAUUGUCAACUGCGACGCCGUCUUUGCGCGCAAGGAGGUGGCUCGGAUGGGGAAGCGCGGCGGGGGGCUUCCUGCGAACGGGACCUAGGCCGUCAACGGACGCAGUCCUCACCCGACCAUUUGGCACGAAGAGAAGGCCGAGAAGAACGGCCAAGGCUAGAGCGGACGCUGCCGAGACUGCCGACCGCCACCGCAAGGACGCGGUAGGGCGAGGAGGCUGAUGAUACCCUAGACCAGAUCGACAUUGUGUCGACUUCCACCUGCAAGGCGUUGGGGACAUUCAAUGGAACUUGAGAUUUUUACCAUCUUGCUGGAGUGCGCCAUGUCUUAAUCAACUGCCGACGAUGGCUGCGUCCGUUGUGUCUCAUGUCGCCUACCAACAUCAGCCUCUUAAAGAUCUCCGGCUGGCGGAAACCACGUAAUACACGCCAAAAGCAAUCCGGAAAUUGCACUCAAGGUUAUACAGUACAACGUCACGUCUCAUACCAAGUCGCGUCAACAUGUCGUCUGACU